AUGGCAGCAGCCACUGUAACCACACACUUGGUGCCCGGCACGGGCACGACGCCCAAGGCCGGCAAGGAGGCGUCCGAGGUGUGCGAUGAAUGUGAUUAUUAUGGUAGCAGUGCAGCGAUUUUGAUCGAUAACAGCACCCAAACUGAGAGUGAUGAGAAGGAAGUAAAGGAGCAGGAACUGGAGCAGCAGCAGGAGCAGGAUGAGCAAAAGACUACACAAAUCCCAGAGUUGCAGGAUCUGCCAGAAGAAGCCACAGAGAAUUGUAUACGAAACGAUAAGGAUAACGAUAAAUCUAGCGAUAACGAUAACAAUAAUCCAGCUGAACAAGAACAAGACUUACAACUAGAUGCAGAAGAGCAGGAAGAGGAAGUACAGGAGCUGAAGCAAACCGACCAAGACAGCGAUAGCGAUAGUCUGGACGAUGUGGCCAGACUGACUGGCCUGGCACUCGAAAUGGGCUAUGCGCGAAUUAUCGACUACGAUAACUUGCGCAUCAUCGAGCAUGUUAUCGAGAGCGAUGAGGACGAGGAAGCUGGCGAUGCCGAUGCCGAUGCCGCUGCCUCUGCUGCCACAACAGGUGGCGGCACCACACAGGAGGAGGAACUGCAGCAGGCCUGUCACGACUUGGUGGCGUUUAUUGGCGAAAGCUAUCAGCUCAUCGAUAGAUCGCCAGCCAGCGCUCAUAUGCCCGCACACAGCUCGGCUAGCCAGGCGGUGGACAACAACAACAACAAUCGUAACAAUGGACGCAAUGAAACGGUUUCGUAUGCCACACGUAACAAGCCAGCAAAGAAAGUACAAAUUGCCAUCAAUAAAGUCGAGCAACUAAAUCAAAGGGCAACGAGUAGUACGACAGCAACGGCAGCAACAACCAGUGCACUGAUCAGAGCCUAUAAAUCGAAACUGACACCAUUGGCGCCACCGUUUCAGCCCGCAGCGCUGAAGGCCAAGCAGCAGCAACAGCAGCACAAUCAUGGCGCAAUGUAUGCCACCUACGAGCAAACCACAGUCUACUAUCAUCAACAAAUGUUGCAGCCACCCACAGCAGCCCAGCAACAUCAACAUCAACAGCAACAGCAGCAGCAGCAGCAACAGUUGUCACCCACGCCGCACAAGCAGCAUUGUGCGCAGCAUGGCGGCAUGCCACACAUACACUUACAAGCCGCAGGCGCUGGCGCCGCCCAAUUGGUGCCCGUGCAACUAAUCACCUUGACGCCGCCAUCCACGGCAACUGCAGCUGCGGCAGCAAGUGCGCCUCAAGCAGCAGCAGUGGCAGCAGCGGCUGCAACAUCGAUUGCUGCUGGCGCCUGGCCACUUGUGGAGGCGCCAAUUUACAUUGACAUCAAUGGCGAAUAUCGGAGCUUUUGUCCGGCACAUGGACCACCAGCCGUGGCUGCCCCUGUUGGCGCCAAUGCGCAGCCACAGCAGUCCUUGUUGUCGCACCACCAUCAUCAUCAUCACCACCAGCACCAGCAUCAGCACCAACAUCAUCUCCAACAGCAGCAACAGCAAGCACAGCAAGCGCAGCAACAGCAACAGCAACAUCUUCAGCAUUUGCAACAUCAGUUGCCAACUGCCGCGGCCUGCAACUCGACUUCGUCGGUCCCUGUGAGUAAUGUUAAUGGAAAUAUCGGCCAUGCCACCGCACCGCCACGCUUGCUUAUGCAACUGGACACUGGUGUUACAGUGGCCCAUCAGCAGCAGCAGCAGCAGCAGCCACAGCAGCAUCAGCAGCCGCCGCCGCCGGCACAGCAGCAGCAGCAGCAACAACAACAAAUUGUCGCCGCUGGCAAGCGCAGCAAAGUUUAUCGAGGUGAGUGCCCGUUUUAUGACAUUUGUUUUCCACCAUAA